AUGGCCGAGGUGAGGAAUCGUUGAACAUUACCUUUCAUCGGGGCCGUUAAUAAUCGUCAAAGAGCUAAUUGGGAUUCCCCUUGGUGUUAUGGUGUAGGAUGGACACAAGGUUUCCCUGAACGUAUAUGACCUCAGCCAAGGACUUGCACGCCAACUUUCGUCAUCAUUUCUUGGCAAAGUGAUCGACGGCAUAUGGUAACACAAUGUCUCGCAUUAUUUUCACAUCAUCAAAUAAUACUCUUGGUAUCACAGACUUGUAGAUCUCACCAGGAAAUGUUCAGAAAGAUAAUCACUUGUGCUCUACUUUGGAAAUAUGAAAGAAUAAUUUUACCCUUGGGAUUGAAUUUACUCUGGGGAGGGUGGGAGAAUACAUUUGUGAGAACGAUUUGUGAAUUCUGAAUUCGUGAAAAGGAUUUUAUGGCUCUUACAUCUCAAAAUUUCUUUGAUGCAACGGCUGAGAUCUGCUCAGAUAAGAAGACCAUUAACAUUCGUAUGCCACUGCAAGUCGAGGCUACAGUUUUUGCGGCUUUAGUCACUGGUCCAGUACGCUCCCUUUUUCUCAUCGAAUUGCACUCACCACUGCGUGCCCAGGUUCAAAAUAUCUUUAAAAGUAUUUUUUCCCCUCUCGUAUAUAUUUCUUCCACGUUUCAUGGCUAUCAGUACUGUUCCUCUUUUUUCUUUUUUAUCCGUGAUGGUGUUCCAAGUAUUGGGUAGAUUCUAAUCCCCUCUUCUGGCAUUUCUCAAGUUUUUUUGUGAGGUGGGGUAGCCCUGAUUCCGUUGUAGUCCCUAUCCUACAUAGCAAUAUGACAUAUCGGUCUGUAUGCUUCUAAUCAUAUUUUCUUUGUCCUUAUUUGAGGUAUGUUGUACUUCUCUAUUUAUAGAACAAAUGUGUGUCAUCUUGAAUUCCGCAGCAAAGAAAUUUUAGGUUUUUUCUUAGCUACAUCUCUGUAAACGCGUACAAUCUUUGCGUUCUCGAUACGAAGCUGGGGAAGAUUGUCUGGAAUGUAUUCCAAGUCAACGACGUCUCAACGAUUUAUCGUAGACAUUACUACGCACUUACUUACGCCUACUGAACUACUCUAAUUAUAUGACAAUACUCGAAUUGUCGCGCGUCCCCCUUCUCCUUUUGUCACUUCCUGAGAGAUAACAGUGAAUGUUCUGUCCCCAUGCUCAUUCAUAUUACAGUUUCAACGAUCGUACGUAGCCUCUUUGCCUCAAUCUGAGUUCAUUCUCCAGGCACACGGGCGUGGUGGUGUACGGCAGCGAGUACUACUUCGGAGGAGGCAUACAGCAGGCUCCCGUGGGAACCACCCCAUACGGUACCCCGGUGACGGUGAUAGACCUGGGCGUCACCCACGUCCCCAAGGAGCUCUUCGAGGAGUACCUUCACGAGAUCGCCCCCCGCUACACCAUGGAGACUUACAGCCUCCUCGAGCACAACUGCAACAACUUCAGCAACGAGGUCUCUCAAUUCCUCGUCGGCGUCGGCAUCCCCGAGUACAUACUACGCCUCCCCCACGAGGUCAAGAGCAGCCCGAUGGGCGCUUUAAUCUGUGAGCAGCUCCUCCUCCCCCUCAUUAUCAUCAUCGUCUCUGCAAUCCCCACCAUGCUCGAUUCCAAGUCAUGCUCAUUCAUGUCGUUCUUGUGCAGUGCCCAUGAUACAGCAGCUGGAGACCACCCUGAGGGCGGGCGCAGUGCCGCAGGCCCCACAGUUCAGGCCGGCGGCUCUGGCGAGACGGGCCGACAACACCUCGACCUCCACCAAGGAAGGCCGGAAGGAUGCUACUGGCGCCACUCCUCCAGGGGCGUCAUCCAACAGCAAGGUCGAGAGCAGUUCCCCCUCGAAGGACGUGAAACAGUCGGCCUCCAGCGGGGGGGCACUACCUGCUGCUGCUGCCGCAGAUCCUCUGGGAGACGCCCGGAGCAGGGUCCAGGAGGAGAUAACUAAGGAAUUCGUAGCACUCAUGGCCAGCGGGACCCUCCGCGCCAGUGAGGCGGCGGCGCUCGCCACCAGGAGAGUCAUGCAGAGGUACGGCGGUGCCGCCACCAAUGUUUCCGCCCAGUGA